CUGAAUCAUAACAUUGAACACACUAUCGAUUGCCAAUUUACCGAAUCAUAAUAUUAUACCACCGUUAUUACCCAGCUAUGCAACUAUACUAAGGUAGAUACUAUUAACAAUUUCACAAAUUUUAAAUACCACUUUUGUUUAAAUAUUAAUUUGUUUUUAUUAAAUAUUCGCCUGACACUUUCUGAGUAGAGUUAACAAUUUUAACGGUAUUCAAGUAACCGAAAUAAUUUCGUUACUAGUUUCGUUAAAAGUUAAUUAUAAUGGAUAAAAUAAAAAAAUUUCGACUCUCAUCGGAAAGCCGACAGUCUAAGGAAUAUGAUUCGAAUAGCAAUUGUGUUGUUAAAAGCAAAAAGAAAAAAUUGAGUUUGACUAAAGAGUUGAUAGGUGGAAUAGAACAUUUCAAAAAAGCAUUGUCAUUAGGUUUUCAAAAGAAAAACAAAAAUAUAGAUUUUUUGGAUCCUAUAAAGGGAGAAAGCGUGAAAGUUGACUGUGAAGAUACAAAAAAAACCAAAAAUUUGUGGAACGUCAGUCUAAAAGCCUUAGAACAGCUAAUUGCAAAAGAAAGACGUCUUAGACAAGAUUAUGAAGUGAACCUAAUUAGACACCUGGACAGGCUUAAACAGUUGGACAGGGUCAAAGGGGAACAUGCUAAACAGCUAGAACAAACACUAGCUGACGAGGAUCGCGUCAUAACAGCACUACGAACGGACAUUAAAAAUACUAAUGAAGAAUUUGAGAAUUGUAGGCUAAGGUUUUUUCGGUUUUACAUGGAAUCGUUCGGCCGUUCAACUCUGAUUGACGCUGCAAAGGCUUUCAGUCAAGCUUGCAAGAAUGCAGAAAUGGCUGUAACAGCAACAAGUGUGUUAAGUGGAGUAAACGGAGAAACGUCUGUUAAGACUGUUGCACAAAUUAAAGGUAUGAUUACAAGAAUACAAAAUAAACUACAAUUAUUAAUAACCGACACUACAGUUCAAAAAAGAUGUCCAUCUAGAAAGGAAAUCGUUCAAGUGGCUGAACGUAGACUGUCCACUGUAUCAGAUGAGUUGGUGCGACUUUCAGAGGGUAACAAAGAUUGGUUGGCCAUUUGGUAUGCUGCAGUAUCGGCACACCAGAAUAACAUCGCUUUAGAAUCAACGGCUGAUGUGCUUGAUUCACAAACGGACAUGCUACAGGACCGUUUGUCUCAUAUGACUGCACGACACGCUGAACUAAAUGCCCACAAAAACGAGAGACAAAUUGAAGCUGUGGUUUUAGAUGAAUUUUAUGCCGUUACUGAGGAAAUCAACGCACAACAGUUGAGGAGUUUAGAAUUCAGUCGUUUAUUAGCUGAAGAUGAUGACGAACUAUUAGAGGAUAUGGAAAUGAUUCAACAGCUCAAAGAAAAGAUUGCCGAAAAAAAGAGAAAAAAGCAGCAGUUACUUGAAAAAAGAGGAAUAAUUAAAAGCGAAUUAGACAUAUACAAAAAUCAAUAUGAAGAACUGAUGAUUAAGAAGAGUAGAUUGACCGAAGACGUGAUAAAUGUACAAAAAUCACCUAGCAAACUACUCAACCAAUCUGAACUACGACAUUACCAAGUACAUGGCCAGCAGCAACGUGUUAAACAUUUGAAGCAACUGAAAAUACAAUUCAACAAACUGACAAAUAAAAGAGACGUUUUAAAACAAAAACUACAAACAUAUCAACAGGACAAGACCACUCUCAAACAGGUGAAUAAGCUUUAUCCUAAACUACCAGAAUAACUCAAAGAGUUAACACUCACAAACUUACUUUACUACGUUGAUUGAUUUCAAUAGUAUUGAUUAUUAAAGUAUUACUUUGAAAAUAUUUUUUAUUACAUGUAAAUUUAUAUUUUUUACCUUUCUAUUAAACAAAUUCUGAAAAUUUUAAUAUAUUGUAUAUUAUAUAUAAGCUAAUUUGAUUUGCAUAAAUAAAAUACCAUACUACAUUUUUGAAUAAAUUAUAAAUAUUGUUGAGUUUUCGA